UGCAGAGCAAAUGGAUUGUUGCUUAAUGAUUUUGCAACGUUUGCUAGCUGCUAAAUAGGUUACACGAAUUAUUGUAGCGGAAUCACUGUAUCAACUUCAGGGCAGUGAAAGAAAGCCAAUAAUCUGCUCCCCCGACGGACCCAUCCUUAGAGUCCAGCAAGAAGCGGUCCUUCAGUCCUGCAGACAGAUCGAUCAGCAGAACCUACCGCUGCCACUACCAGUUCAGAGCAUACGACAUCACCAAAUCCGAGCCUUUACUUGCCUUCGUGGAAGUCCCUGUCUCGUAUGUAUUGCACAAGAUAGAAAGAUCUUUAGAGACCAGCGAGCAUGAGUCUAUCGAAGGCCAUUGGGGUAAUUAGCGGCAUCAAUGAGUUUGGUAAUUUGUUCCAAUUGGUCAGAUCUGCUGUCUCAUUUAUGCGCUCCCAGCUGAGUGGAUCAGAGGAUAAAAAACUUAAAGAAGAUGAUGUACGGCAGUUGCAGAGUGACCUUCGAUGCCUACGUGACACUCUACCAGCAAUGUACAACCUUAUUGAUAGAGCAGAGUGGAAGAGCCAUGUACCCGGUGUUGAACAGCUCCUUCCAAAUCUCAAGGAUGCUGUGUAUGAUGCGGAGGACCUUCUGGAUGAGUUCAGAUGGUAUGAGCUGAAGGUGAAAAUUGAGGGCAAUGAAACCCAGCUGUCUCCUUUCAUUGACUUUUUCAACAGCGUCACUCAAGGAAGCUUCAACAAAGUGGCUGAUAUCCAGAAAAGGCUAAGUAAUCUUUCUAUACAGCUUGAGAAGAUGGGCUUGCAUGAGGAAACUCCACAGUUUGACAAAUUGCUCAGGCCAGUGACCACUUCUUUCCGCACUGAGCCAAAGAUAUUUGGUCGUGAGAAGGAACUGAGGGAGGUGAUCCGAUUGCUUGGUGUACCGAACUAUAGUAGACGGUCUUCUUCAAAACGGAAGAGAUCUUCUCAUGCAGCAAAUAAUGAACCAAGAAUAGCAUAUGUUCCUGUUUUGCCAAUAGUUGGAAUCGGGGGCGUUGGAAAAACUACUCUAGCCCAAGAGAUCACCACCCUUCAAAGGGUCAAAUCGUACUUUGACAAAAUUAUAUGGAUUUGCGUCUCUGAUGAAUUUGAUGAGGAGAGGUUUACUAAAGUUCUCAUAAAAUCUCUAUCUGGUAAAGAGGCAACAGCUGAUAAUUUAGAUGAUCUUCAACAAAUUCUUGCCGGUGAAGUUGGGAAAAGGAGGUUCUUGCUUAUCCUCGACGAUAUUUGGCCUAAUGCCUUGAAUGAUGAUGGGUGCUGUUGGAGAAAAUUUUGUGCACCUCUCACAAAUGUACUUCAGGGAAGUAUGAUGGUAGUAACCACAAGGUUUACAGAGGUUGCUGAUAUGGUGGGCACAAUGGACUCAUUUGCAUUGGAUGGCCUACAAAACGAUGUAUUUUGGCAGUUUUUCAAAUUGUGUGUGUUUGGAUCUGAGGAUUAUCACAUUGAUCCACAGUUAGAACAGAUUGGAAAAAGCAUACUUCCAAAGUUGAAGGGCGCUCCUUUAGCUGCUAAAACUAUUGGAAGGCUAUUACGAAAGAGCCAUAACCCUGCACACUGGAAUGGUAUACUAAACAGUGAAUUGUGGCAGCUUAGACAAAAGGAGGCUGACAUUUUGCCAGCUCUUCGGUUGAGCUACAUGUAUCUACCUUUCAAUUUGAAGAGAUGCUUCUCAUUCUGUGCUACAUACCCCAAAGAUUACAAUUUUGACAAAUCUAGUCUUGCAGAAAUUUGGGUGGCAGAAGGAUUUGUGGAACCUCAAGGCAGCAUCGCACUUCAACAUAUUGGUGAUCAAUACUUUGAAGACCUUGUAAAUUUGUCCUUCUUCCAGAAACUCCGUGGUAAAUAUGUAAUACAUGACUUGAUGCAUGACAUGGCACAACUAGUUUCGAAGGAGGAUUGUUUCAUUGUAAAGAAUGCAAGUGAUAUUGAAAUGGUUCCGCAAAAUGUUCACCAUCUAUCAAUACUCAGAAGCUGCGAUGUUAAGCUUUCAAACUUAUUGAGUCUAUGCAAGCACAAAAAGCUGCGCACCCUACUUUGCAACAAGUCUUUAGCAAGUGAGACUUUAUAUCCGGUGAUGAAUCACUGGUUUAGUGGAUUUCAAUACCUGUGUGUUAUUUUUUGUGCCUCCCCGAAGGGCCUACCAGAGAGUAUUGGUAACUUGAAGCAUCUCCGGUACCUUGAAAUCUCCAGAGGUUGCCAUUUUGACAGGUUUCCUUCGUCAUUCUGUAGCCUCUAUAACUUGCAGAUUUUUUAUGCUAGGAAAUGCAAAUUCGUAAGUUUACCCAGAGGCAUCAGUAAGCUGAUCAAUCUGCAAAAGUUUGAGUUUGAACCACGCAUUCCUAAUAUGGAAAUUGAUGCUUCAGAGUGGGGAGAGCAAAUUUGGUUUAUGAUAAAUAAUAUAAAUCAAAUUACAAGGGAUUUGACUAUAUACAAUCUUGGUGCAAUAAGCAAGGAUCAUGCAGCCGAAUCCGAACUCCAGAAGAAAGAAUAUCUGAAUAGUCUGACUCUGAGAUGGUCUUCGUUAAGAUGCCCAGCACACAAUGAGACAGAAGUACUUCAAGCUCUACAGCCUCCCACCAACAUCAAGUCUGUGCGGAUUGAGGGUUACCCAGGUGAAUAUCUUCCAAGCUGGUUUCGUGGUUGUGAUGGACCCGAGGCCAUGUCAUUUUCUGAGUUGCCUGCGGCGACAGUUGACAACAAUAAUAAUGGCGGAGCCGGUACCAUUUUGUCAUUAUUAACAGAGGUAAGCAUUACAGGGUGCCAAAACUUAUCAAGCCUGGAACAAUUUCUGCAGCGAACGACUUAUGCACCGGCCAUCAGAAAAAUAGUUAUUGCAGAUUGCGCAAGUGUAAAAUCAGUACAAAUUGAAUGGUCCCCUUCCCUUGAAGAAAUAAGCGUGUCCAACUGUCCAAAAAUGACAAAUAUUUCGGCCCCGUCCGUAAAGAAGCUCAGGCUGUAUAAGUUUUUUGGAUUCAACAGUGAUUGUAGCUCCCUCACCUUCUUGCAUAUAAGUUUCUCACAGCUGCCAUCCAUCGAACUAGAAAAGUGGAGUCUUUCAGUACUACAGAGGCUCCACAUCGAUUUUUGUGAACGUCUGAAAUUUAUUAGAAAAUCUGAACACUUAUCCACUGGCCUUUCCCUUGGUUUGGCCAGAGCCAGACGCAGCACUGCAAAAUUCCCGUUACUCACUCACCUAACUAUAGAAUGCUGCAGCAUGCUGGAAAGUAUUGAUGACCUCCUAACACAUGAAUGUCUCCCUGCCAUCGAGAGUAUUACUAUUCGGUCUUGUCAUUUGUUGUCCCUUCCCACCAAAAGAUUUGAGAGUUUUCCUUUUCUGAAGAAUUUGGAGAUUGGAUGGUGUCGACGUCUCUACUGGCAAAGGGCAAUGGUGUUACCACCGUCCCUCCAGAAGCUCAUCUUACGCAGUUGUGGGGAUUUUUCUGCCUGGUCUCCUCAGUGCUGCCUAGAGAACCUAACCUCCCUUGAAUCACUAACGAUGGAUUCAUGCAAAGGCAUAAUGUCCAUUCCAGGCGAUCUUUGGAGCAGUAAUCUCAAGUCUCUCCGGAAAUUGAAGAUUGAGGAGUGUCCAGAUCUUGUCUCAAUUGGUGGACCCGAAGUAAUUGCAAACAUAAAUACAGUAUACAUUCGGGGCUGCCCAAAGUUGAUGGAGAUAGAGCAGCCGAGAGGGAAACCGUGGAAUGACGAGCCGGACCAAGAGGACACAUAACCAAUAUCGCUGCCUCUUGAUGAUCACCUUCGUGUCGCUAUGCUCUGCCUUCCAUUUUUAGCCUCCACAUGUGAUCUGCUAUCACAUGAAAAAUAAUUCAUAGACAGUUACGGUAGUUUGAGAAAUCAAAUCAUUUAGAUACUUCAUUAUGGGAUCAUUCUAUGAAUUUUGGUUGGACGUGAUCAUUUCUCGUUAUUAAACUGGAUAUCAUGUUGUGAGAAAUAAGAUAAUGAUGGAUUAACCCCUCAAUCUCAGACAAGAUGAUUAGGUUUGGAAUUGGGAUCAGGUGAUCCGUAACCAAACUAUGUCAUCUGAUGUGUUACAUGUCUUAUGUGUUAUGUAUCUGUUUGCAUUUCAUUUUUCUGUGCAAACUAAUGGGGUCAACAAAGUGUACUACUGCUGUCCUGCACGCUC